GUGUUACCACAGAGAUGGUGUUAUUUAUCCCAGUAUUAGUCCCGACAGUCAGCGGACACUUUCACCGCUCAUCUGAGGAUUUAACGGGAAUUAAAACACAACCGGAGCUUCUCAGCUAUGGUGGCAUCCAGCUUUUGAAGCUUUCAAAGGAUGCAUACGACACGCAGCCCUUCAUCCAUCCCCACAGGAGUGUCAGGAGAUGCCCUGGACCUCAGCUUAUCAGGCUCCCAGCUCUCCAUGUCCAAGCGGCCGAGCAGCGCCUCGCCAGGGAAGUACUUCUCUCGGUCGGUGUCGGUCUCUGUGGCGGGAGACAGCAGAGGGAAACGCAACACGCUGGGCGACGCCAGCUUUGGUAGCUCCCGCUCCAUCAAGAACCUGAGGCGCUCCAACAGCACCACUCAGGUCAACCAGCAGGCCAACAUCAGCUUAAGUCAGGACCAGAGCGAGGACUACUUGGCUCUGUUUGACAGCAGCUCAGAUGGACGCAAGAAGCUGGCGAGUCUCAGCAAGACGUCACCGGACAGAACCACGUGGAACAUCCUGGACGACCAGCCCAGAGCCUUCCCCCUCCACUCCAGCUCCCGCAGUACCGGCAGCGUCGACUCCCCCACCGGCCUGAAGAAGAGGGAACCUGGCAUUGCUCUGGCCGCCACCUUCACCGCCAACAACAGGAGCAACAAGGGAGCUGUGGGGAACUCUGUCACCACCAUCUUACACAACAACUAUUCUGAGAAGCCGCUCACACCGAAGAGCUCCAACCAGAAGCCGUCCUUCAAUAACAUCCUGAAGGCCACAGCAAACGAUGAGGUGUCCCUAGAAAAUGGAUCCCUCACUAAGUCCCAGAAGAAUUUCUCCUCGGCGUCCUCCACCUCCAACAACAGGUCUCCAGUGUCGGCUCAGCGAGGCAGCCCGGUUCUGUCCCGGAGGAGGGAGGUGACAGAGGAGGAGGCUGAAAGGUUCAUUCAGCAGGUGAACCAGGCAGCAGUCACUAUUCAGCGCUGGUACAGACGCCGAGCCACGAGACAUCACACCAGCCAGGCCACGCUCAAAAAAAGAAAGGAGUGGGAGGAGAGAACAGAGGAGGACGGUCGCUUGGAGCAGCAGCAGAAGAAGGACGAAGACAGAAAACGGAUUCGUGAGGAGAAAGCUCGACUGGCCCGCCUCGCUGCCAUCCAGGAGCUGCAGCAGAAAAGAGCUCAGCGGGCAGCAGAGGUUCAACAUGCAGCCGAGGUGGAGCUGGAAUGUCUGAGGCAGGCUGGUGUGGUGGGACGGAGGAAACCGCCAAAGAUAUCAGCGACCAACAAAAGCCCGGCCUCACCGAGCAACAACAGCCCGAUGUCACCGACAGACGUCAAGACUAAGAACACAGACUCUAAUUUGAAUGUUGUGGUCGACCUCGUGGAGCUGAGCUUCAGAGCCAUUUCUCCAGCUUUGUCCAGCCACAGAGGCUCCCAGUGUUCACAGGAGCAGCAGGUCAGAGCGGAGGAGGAAGUUUGUGUGGAGCAGCAGCAUCAGGAGAGCGACAGGAAAGUGAUCCGUAAAGAGAAGGCUCGUCUGGCUCGGCUUGCUGCUGCUCAGGUCAACACAUCUGAUCUGCAGCAGAAAAGAGCAACUCGGGCUGCAGAAGUUCAUCAUCCAGCCGAGGUGGAUCUGGAAAACCUGAGGCCAGCUGCAGUGGUGGGACGGAAGAAGCUGCUCAAGAUUUCUCUGAGCAACAAAAGUCCGACUUCACCGAGCAACAACAGCCUGAUGUCACCGACCGACGUGAAGACAAAGAACACAGACUCCAAUUUAAAUGUCAUGGCUGAUUUAGGCGAGCUGAGCUUCAGAGCUGUUUCUCCAGCUUUGUCCAACUGCCGAGGCUCCCAGAGUUCACAGGAGAUCCUGCAGAGGUCUGUGAGCGUGGAGGACCAGCGGCAGGGCGCUCUGUCCAGCAGGGCUCAGUCCAAAACCACCCUGAACGAGCUGCUGGACACCCUGAAGCUGCUGGAGGAGGAACCGGAGAGGCUGUCGGAGCCAAAGUGUUACCGCAAAGAAAAGUACGCCUGGAUAGACGAGGACGGGGAAUCCAACUCUCUGACCACCGACAACCUGGAGCGUCACGGCCAGCUGAGCCACCAUCCGGCGCUGCCAGACGGGGGCGCUCUGCUCUCCGAGGCCAAGCUGCAGAGCAUCAUGAGCUUCCUGGAUGAGAUGGAGAAGUCUGAGCAGGAGAGGCCUCGCUCAGUCACCUCCGGAUCGCACAGAGAGGCUGUCCUGUCCGAGGAGGAGCUAGUCGGCGUGGAGCAGGCGUCAGCCACCGCCGCCGAAGUCACCGGCUCCAUGAUGAGAAUCAAAAUGGAGCUGGAGGAGAAAAAACGCACCGUCAACAUGCUGCAGAUGGCACUGGCCCAGCAGAGGGAGCUGACCGUCAGACAUGUGAAGGAGACCGAGAAGGAGCUGAGCAGGAACUUCCAGCUCCAGAAGGAACAAUAUGAAGCCACCAUCCAGAGACACCUCACCUUCAUCGAUCAGCUCAUCAACGAUAAAAAGGCUCUGAGCGAGCGCUGUGAAGGAGUGGUGGGAGAACUGAAGCAGGUGGACCAGAAGUACACCAAGAAGAUCGCACAGAUGCAGGAGCAGCAUGAAAUGGUGUGGCAAAUUCUCGGUCCCUUGUGCGAGGAGAUCAAGAAGUUAAAGGACCUGAUGAGUGCCACGGAGAAGAUCCGCCGGGAGAAAUGGAUUGACGAGAAAACCAAGAAGAUCAAAGAGAUCACAGUCAAAGGUCUGGAGCCAGAGAUCCAGAAGCUGAUAUCGAAGCACAAACAGGAGCUGAAGAAGCUGCGAACGCUCCACGAGGCGGAGCUGCUGCAGGCGGACGACCGGGCCGCCCAGCGAUACGUCCGGCAGUGUGAGGAGCUCCGACAGCAGCUGGAGAAGGAGAAGGAGGAGCAGUGCCAGAGAGAGAGGGAGCAGGCCAAGCAGAGAUACGAGAAGCAGCUUCAGGAGGAGGAGUUAUCGCUGCAGCAGCAGAGGAGGCGACUCUACAAGGAGGUGUCCGACGAGAAGGAGAGGCUGGCCCAGCUGGCCGCCAGGCAGCGCGUCGAGCUGGAGGAUCUGAGGAGGCAGCUGGAGGAGAACAGCUCUUUGGCAGGACGAGCUCUGAGAGAAGAGCUGGACAAAACCCGAGAGGAGCAGGAGAGGAGGCACCAGGUGGAGAUGAAGGCGCUCCGAGAACGUCUGGACGUCGAGAAGCAGGCGUGGGAAGAAAACUACAAGAAGAAAGAGGAAGCCUGGCUGCUGAGCCGCGAGCGAGAACUGAAAGAAGGGCUGCGACGAGAACGUGACAAAGAGAUCGAACUGGCCAUCUGGACGCUGGAGGAGGAGACCAGCAAGGACAAGGAGGAGUGUGAGAGGGUGGCUGACAGCAGGGUGAAGCGAGUCAGAGAAAAGUACGAGUCGGAGCUGAGGGAGCUGGAGCGCUCUGAGAGGACGGCGGUGGAGAAACAACAGGAGCUGAGGAAGCAGCAGAUGGAGACGGAGGGAGAAAUGAUCCGACUUCAGGCUCUGCUCAGGCAGAAGGAGCAGGAGAUCGAAGACGUCACUCAGACCAAGGACAAGCUGGCCGACGAGCGCCGCAGCCUGGCCGAGGUGAUCCGGCAGGAGUUCGCUGACCGCCUGGUGGUGACAGAGGAGGAGAACCGGAGGAUGAAGGUGGAGGUGUCGGAGGUCCGAGCGAGGCUGAGGCUGGAGGUGGAGAGGGUCACCAGGGAGAAGGAGGAGGAGCUGGCUGAAGUCCACCAGCGGGUGAAGUCAGCCAUCUUGAAGAAGGAGGAAACCGUCAAUAAGCUCCGGAAGCAGCACGAGGCUGCUCUGAAGCGGGCGGACCACCUGGAGGCCUUGUGGGAGCAGCAGAGGAAGCAGCUGCUGGAGAAGUGACUGACAGGACGGCCGGGUUUUCGUCUCCGUGGACCUCCUCCCCACCUCUUCACUCUCCUCACCUUCCUGCCGCUGUGAGCUGCUUUGUGCUCAUUGUGUCACCCUUCCCCCCCACCCCCCCACCCCUCCUCUGGAUGUCGUUCCUGCCAGUAAGACUGAACCUGUGGAGCUUCAGAAGGUUGAGGCUGAGCCACCUCAUCUGACAAACAUGACAAAAUGGGGGAAACGAAGGAACAAACUGGGCCUGGCUGUGUAGCCGCCUCCCCCCCAGAUGAGAGGCCUCAGACGGACCGGCCUGUCUGCUCCUUCCUGAAGGAGGGUUUCUGGUCGUUCAGUGCUGCUGUACCCCGUCCUCUUCCCUCCCACUCCGGAGGCAGGAAUGUGUUCCCCACAGAGCUGCCACACAGAACACUUCCAGAUGUUCCCGACCAGCCCGGACCUGCUGCCGGUGGGGGGGGGGGGGGGGGUUCUCCCUGCAGGACCCGACACUCGGAGCAUCAGAGCCCCAAACAAGUCACGGAGCGCCUCUAUCUGUUGAGUCAUGCGUUCCUGUCCCGGUGCCCCCUGGAGGCGAGCGCUAAUUGCUGGAUCCAGAACCAUAAACAGCCCUCGCUGCCCCGCGGCCCGCUCUGAGCAAAACCAAAGUCUAACAUGGCGGUUAGAAGCACUAACGCCGGUUACCAGGUUGAUUUAGAGUGUUUCUAGAAAGAGCGAGUUUGGAGCUUGAAAGGAAAACGAAAGAAGAAAAAUGGGACGUCUGAGGUCAGAUGAUUGCAGAGUGGCUUUGAGAAGUUUUUUCUGAAUGUAGGGAAGAAAAAGAGGUAGAAGGAGGGGGGGGGCAGGAAUGUGUAGAAAUGUUUAUAGGAUUAGGAAAGCAGAGCCGGGACGGAGCGGGGCGGCGGGUGGGUCAAAGGGGGCACCGGGCAUGUGACCGGAGGGACCGAACGCAUCCAAAGAGACGAGUCGCACACAUUCACCAACUCCCAGGAGCUGCCGCCGUUUAUUUUUUUCAUCCCUCAGCCCUUAAUGAAGACAUGUGGAAGCCCGUCUCGCAGACACAGAAAGUCUUUGUGGAUAAGAUUUCAGCGAGAGCCGGUCCAUAGCUGGACUGGGCGGCUGUAACCAGAGUUGGUGCUGCUCGGAGAAACUCUAAACCCCGAAGUAAGGCCUGUUAUUUAGGUACAACGCCAUGUGAAAGAGCACAGUGUGAUGUGACUGUAAAGGCCUCCGGAUUAGACCUCCCUGUCACAGCCUAUUUAUUCUGUCUCCUUUAUUUAUUGUAGCUCUCCACCUUCACGGCGCCACGGGAAGGUCCAGGAUGUGAAGUAGUUUUUGUUGUUUUUUUUAUUGUUUUUGUCCUUUCUGUUGUGGUUGGACGUUACAACUGUGCCAUUUUUAGAUGUUCUAAAAGCUGUACGUCAGGUUUUUCUGACACGGAAGUCGUCCAAGCCACGACGAGUGAAACGUAAACUCGUAAGUAGAGCAGCUUUAGUUUGGUUAGUUCCAUUUAACCGUCGACCGAAUGUAAAGUUUUGGAACAUUUUUAAGAAAAAGAAAAUGUGAAUUAGUCUUGUUUGCCUUGGCUGCUCUGAAGUGAAUAAACAGAAGGUGGCGCUGUGGGCGACACGGCUGUAGAA